UUUAAAAAUAUAUAUUUAUACUUUGUGUAUAUAUAUUAAUUAUACACACUUAACUCUUGUAAUAAAAUAAACUUAAAUGAGCUUUAGACUUGCAUUGGGUAAGUGGGUUGGAACUUCGGUACCAUCCCUUAUAGUAGUUAGGAUUUUGCAAUAGCAGGACUGGAAGAUACUAAUCUAAAGCAGCCAGGACAGGUGCCAUCCUGAUCUUUGUAAAACACUAAGAGUAAGAUGUUGCCAUUGCUCUGAGUGACCCAGGCCAGUUCUUACCAUCUCCAGAUUCAAAAGUCUUCCUUAGGUCCAAGGGAAGUCCCUUUUUCAGUCAUCCCUUCUGAUUUUACACUAUGAAAAUGGAGGUAAAACCGGCUCAUUAUGACUGUCCUCAUUAAAGCCUUUCUUCUAGGAGGCCACGGUCCCUGUCAUCAUUUACCUGCUCAUCUGUAAGCUCACCAGCAGUGAUUUGAUUACCCUUUCCACAUAAUCCCCUAACAAGAUUUUGACUAAUGCUGGCUGGAAUGGAAAGAUGAUUUGAUUUUCUCGCAUGUAUGAAGCGGCCUCUUUGUCAUUACCUGCCAGUGUCUUGUCAGUGCUGCUCCACUGUCUUGGGCUCAUGCAGAGGACUCUUUUAAUUCUGCCCUCUCGCUAACACUGCUCUCUCAGAUUUGUGCACUUCCUCCACCUGCAGCACCCUCUCUACCAGCUAAAAUUUGACCUUGGCCCUUUUAGCACUUUUCAUUUAUGGCCUCUCGAUUUUGUGUUAUGCUUAGUAAGGUUCUCUCCUCUAUAACCUUGUUUUUACAUUCCAAAAAAAAAAAAAAAACUUUUUGACCUUCAAUUUGAUUCACAUCAUACUCUCCCUGAUUUCAGAUCACCUCAACCUCCAUCAAUCUUGUCUUCCUUGUCUCUCUUCCUAUGUACUAUAUUCAAUUAUGGUCAUUAAUGUAAAAAUCACUUUGUGCUCUUUAAAUAGAAGGUUCUAAAGGUCUUAUAGGCAUUGCCUCUUCUCCCUUCCCCCACCCCUAAGAAGUUUACUGUCAUGAAUGUGCAGUUUCCCUCUGUUGUGUGUAUAUAUAUAUAUAUAUAUAAAGUGUGAGUUUUGUCUCUAUUUCCCAGAUCUCUGAAAUGCCCAAAGUAGCUAUUGCCUCACCUUGCCUAAUUCCUAACAGCAUAUUUUCAAAAAAUCCAGAAUAGAAUAGUCUCCAGGGUAAAAAUAAUGGGUCACAUGGACUUAUCGAUCCAUGGAUUUUGUGAUUUCAGUUAUCGGGGCAAGUGGUGUGCUCAUCUGCAGUCUCCCCACCUUUCAGCUGCAGUCACAGAGCACAUGCUGUCAAAGGAUGUUGGUGAUGUGCUUUUGCACCAUCCCCCCUCUUAACUGCAGUUCUACCCUCAAGAACUCUGCACGUGCCUAUCAUAACAUGCAUCACCCUCCACUCUAUAAGUGCUUGCUUACUUGUCUUCCCCUCUCAUGUCUAAGCUUUUUAAAGGCAGGACUCAUGUCUUUCUUGGUCACCAUGAUGCCCCUAAGCCCUACCAUAGUGACUAACAGUGGGGAGCUCAUCUAAGGAGUGAAUGGACAAGCAUGAAUGGAUGAAGGACCCAUGGUCCCAGAAAUACAGUUGCUUCACAUUAUUGUGCAGCUUCAGAGAAAGAGACCCCUGGGGCUUCUUGGUCAUUUUUCUUGCUUUCUUCCCAGUUUCAUAGCCAUUGAAAAGUAUCUGUGUUGCUUCCUGGAGGAAGAAUGUGUCAGCAGCUCACCAACAUGAGGUGACACUUUUAGGGAAUGGGAAUGACUUGGCAGUCUUUUAUGUACCCACUUCCUCCUUCAUUUUGAACAUUGGUCAUUAACUAAUUAGCACCCCUGUGAAUAGUAAAAGGUCAUCACUUCUGCUACCAGUGGCUAACAUUGGUUGAAUGUUUGCUGCGUUCUAGGUUCAGUGCUAAGUACUUCCUACUGAGGAUCAUUUGCUCCUCAAAUCAGCCCUGCAAGCUAGGCAUUAUUAUUGUCCUUCUUGUUAUAGAUGAGAACCUCAGGCCCCAAGUCAGAGAGUUAGCAAAUGUCCUGGCCAGGGUCUGACCCCAGGUACUCCAUUCCGGACCCCAUGUUACAUUGUCCCCUCUUAUGAAGGGGAUGGUGAUGUAUCAGAUCUACUCCAGGUGAAGAUGAAUCUCUUCACUCCCUUUGUUCCAGCUUUUCCCCUUCAUUGCCACCCUGUCUAUCACUUGUGAAAUACUCCUUAAUAGUUCUUCUGCGAUCGUGCCGAAUACAACAGAGAGCGGUGGGUGCAUCUGCAGAUGAAGAAACAUGCAUAGGAAGUUGAAAUGACUUGUGCGUGGCCACAUGGCCACUGGAGGGCCCCAACUGGUAUAUUCGGUAAUCUCCGUCUUGAAGGAUAUUGAGGUCUAGGGGGACCGUCCACUUCCCCACAUGAUCUGAAUUCUGCAUGAUGAAGACCUAAAGCCGGGUAUGACUCAUUCGCACAUGUAUUCAGUUUUUAUUAGUAAAACAUUUUUCCAGGUCCCAUGAUUUUCACCACGAAAGGGCUUCUGAGAACCAGAGAGAAGCAGUUUGAAAGAAGUUAUUAAGCAUUAUUAAUACAAUUAUGUAUAACAAAAGGCAUAAUUUAACUUCUCCACAUCCAACAAAGAAAUUCAUUUGAAGCUUCAGGAACUCCAGCUGGAAGGGCAGAGCUCAUCCGGGCGGGUUCUUCAGGCAGGGGAGGGUGGGCAAGGAGCCGUGCUGACUGCUUUGUUCUUGGGGAUACUUCUGUGUGUGAUGAGGCAAACCCCUCCCCCAGCCUCCCCAGCCCAUCCCUGACCCUCCACCUGAGGAACCCACAAUGUUUCCUUAUCACAGGCCCAGAGUCCAGAAUAUGGCUUGUCCUGGCCUCUCUCUGGCUCAGCAUACUACAUAGGCAGCAUUGAAAGAACAAAUUGAUUUUUAAACAAGAAAAGAUGACCACAGAAAUACUCAUAGGACAGACACAAUUGCUGUCCUAGUGGAAGGAAAACCUUAAUGAAUUUUUCCGACUGCAUCCAAAAUAUCAGAAAUAGCUGUUAUUUACCGUUACGGGUAUUAUAUCAAUCCUCACCACAGUUCCACUCAGUAUUUUUAUUUCACUGCACUAGAGCACAGAGCAAACACUCUGUUUAAGCCUAGUCCUGAGAACAGCUCCUGGCACAGAGUCAGUACACAGAAAAUAUUUAUUAAAUGAAGGGUUGGUACCAAUGAAGUAAUAGAAGAGCCCAGAAGUUAAAGGGACUUGUCCAGGGCCACUUCCCUGGCAAGAAACUAAGCCAGAAUUUGAACUCAGGUUUACCUAAUAGAGAGGUCUUGCUUCCUGAUUGCUUGGUUAGGCCUCUUUUUUUUUAUUUUUUUGUUUUUUGGGUUUUUUUGUUUUUUUGGUUUUUAGGGCUGUAGUUAUGGCAUAUGGAAGUUCCCAGGCUCGAGGUCCAACUGAAACUACAGCUGCCGGCCUAUACCACAACCACAGCAAUGCAAGAUCCAAGCCAAGGCUGCAACCCACAGCUCAUGGCAACACUGGAUCCUUAACCCUACUGAGCGAGGCCAGGGAUCGAACCCUCAUCCUCAUGGAUACUAGUUGGGUUUGUUAUCGCUGAGCCAUGAUAGGAACUCCUGGCUAGUCCUCUUUGUUGGUGCAGAAAGAUGGAAUUAGAGACCCAAAGGUGUUUAACAAAGCUCCAGACUGAGGUCCAGGAAAUGUGGGUCUGGCCCAUCCUUUCUGAAAUCCCUCUGUGACCUUGGAAAAAAUCCCUUCCUACUCAAAUCCUCAGUUUCCUAAACUGGAAAAUGGAGAGAUGGAAGCAGUGCUUUCUAAGGGUCCAUGGGCCACAGAAUGCCCUGGGCAGGUUUAUGCUUUGACAUCUCUCAUGUUUACUUGGAGCUGGGGUAAGGGAUUGACAGAAGGGGAGACUAAAAUUCAACACCCAAGCACAUGAAGAAGGCAGUCACUUGUAUUUUAUUUUAUUUUAUUUUUUGUUGUUGUUGUUGUUGUUGUUGUUGUUGUUGCUGCUAUUUCUUGGGCCGCUCCCGCGGCAUAUGGAGGUUCCCAGGCUAGGGGUUGAAUCGGAGUUGUAGCCACCGGCCUACGCCAGAGCCACAGCAACGCGGGAUCGGAGCCGCGUCUGCAACCUACACCACAGCUCACUGCAACGCCGGAUCGUUAACCCACUGAGCAAGGGCAGGGAUCGAACCCGCAACCUCAUGGUUCCUAGUCAGAUUCGUUAACCACUGCACCACGACGGGAACUCCCAGUCACUUGUAUUUUAUCUUGGGGGUGCACAAAAGUGCAAAGAAUAUAUGGUCCCAAGCCAGCAAAUACCCUCAAAUGAAAGUUGGAGAGAGAGAAAGAAAAAAAGUAGAGGCAUUGUAGGGCACCACACAGUUUCGGGGAAGGAAAAAAAAAAGAGCUCUGAUUCCAUGCCUGGGUUGGUGUAGCAUAUAAUCUAAAACAGGCGUUCAGGUCGAAAACCGUGCCCAGAUCUGAUCCCCCGCACAUAAGAGCACAGCCUCUAAAACGAAAAGAAAAAAAAAAGGCAUGUAUCUUUAAAGCCUCUCUUCUUAUAUGUGAUAUUUUUGGACUCCUUCUUAAAUGUGAUAUUUUGCAUAGCUAGGGCCUUUGCAUCCAGCGAAGGCUUUCGUCCCCUCUUCCUGGCCUGGGGAUUAUUGAUUUGGAAGGCGAGGCUAAUUUACAUGUAAAUAAAUCUCUGAGCUGGGCAGAGGGGACGGGACGUCCAGAUGCCUGAGCGACUGACUUGCUGACGUCACGGUUUCAUUAGCAUGCGGAGGAUGCGGGCACUGCAACAGCGACUUCGGCACCACCAGCAGCUCCAGCGGCAGUUAUUAUUAUUUUUUGGCGGAGCUGCACAUUUCCUGGUUCAGUGCAUUGGGCUCUGCGACCAGCUGACUGGUCGCCUCGAGGUCUGGCUCAGGAUCAGUUGGUGACGCUGAAGCUGGGGUCUGUGACUUCCUGCAGAUUGUCGCGAAGAAGGGGAGUUAAGACGAAACUGGGGUUCUCAGGAAGGCGAUCGGAUCUGCAGGCAAGGGAGAAGUCACACUUUUUCCUUGCCUGGUGGAUCCCAGGAGGGUCUCGAUCCAGCAGUGCUGCUUCCAUGAGCAAAUGCAGAGCAGCUCAGGCUUGAGCCCGCUGCUGCUGCUGCUGCUGGUUUCAGGAAGGGUCCAGCUUUGGAGACGGAUUUCCAGAAGAAGAUGCUUUGGCUGUCUGCAGUCCUGCUUUCAUUCUUAGAAGCCAGACGCAGGCAGAAAGUGAACAGGGGCAACUGACAGGCUUGGAGGGUCUGGCAGAAGCUUUCACCCAGACUUGAGGAAGAUCUGCCUGCACUGCAAGUGCCCUCAGGAGGAGCACAUGGUGACGGUGAUGCCCUUGGCGAUGGAGAAGACCGUCAGCAAACUCAUGUUUGACUUCCAGAGGAACUCGACCUCGGACGAUGACUCUGGCUGCGCCCUGGAGGAGUACGCCUGGGUCCCACCGGGGCUGAAGCCUGAACAGGUUCACCAGUAUUAUAGCUGUCUCCCAGAGGAGAAAGUUCCCUAUGUCAACAGUCCUGGAGAGAAACUUCGAAUCAAACAGCUAUUACACCAGCUGCCACCACAUGACAAUGAGGUUCGCUAUUGCAACUCCCUGGACGAGGAAGAGAAAAGGGAGCUGAAACUCUUCAGCAACCAGAGGAAACGUGAAAACCUGGGCCGAGGCAAUGUCAGACCCUUCCCAGUCACCAUGACAGGAGCAAUCUGUGAACAGUGUGGAGGCCAGAUCAACGGCGGGGACAUCGCUGUGUUCGCGUCACGUGCCGGCCACGGUGUCUGCUGGCACCCACCCUGCUUUAUAUGCACCGUCUGCAACGAGCUCCUGGUGGAUUUGAUCUACUUUUACCAAGAUGGGAAGAUCUACUGUGGCAGGCACCAUGCAGAGUGCUUGAAGCCACGCUGUGCAGCCUGUGACGAGAUCAUCUUUGCAGAUGAAUGCACAGAAGCUGAGGGGCGGCACUGGCACAUGAAACACUUCUGCUGCUUCGAGUGUGAGACAGUGCUGGGCGGCCAGCGCUACAUCAUGAAGGAGGGAAGGCCCUACUGCUGCCACUGCUUCGAGUCCCUGUAUGCAGAAUAUUGCGACACCUGUGCUCAACACAUAGGGAUUGACCAAGGUCAAAUGACCUAUGACGGCCAGCACUGGCAUGCCACAGAGACCUGUUUCUGCUGUGCCCACUGCAAGAAAUCCCUCUUAGGGAGGCCGUUUCUCCCAAAACAAGGCCAGAUAUUCUGCUCUCGGGCCUGCAGCGCCGGGGAGGACCCCAAUGGCUCUGACUCCUCUGAUUCGGCCUUCCAGAACGCCAGGGCCAAGGAGUCAAGGCGCAGCGCCAAAAUUGGCAAGAACAAAGGCAAGACGGAGGAGCCCAUGCUGAACCAGCACAGCCAGCUGCAGGUGAGUUCAAACCGACUGUCAGCCGAUGUGGACCCCCUGUCGCUGCAGAUGGACCUGCUCAGCCUGUCCAGCCAGACGCCCAGCCUCAACCGGGACCCCAUCUGGAGGAGCCGGGAUGAGCCGUAUCAUUACGGGAACAAGAUGGAACAGAACCAGUCGCAGAGCCCAUUGCAGCUCCUGAGCCAGUGCAACAUCAGAACUGCCUAUAGUCCUGGGGGGCAGGGGGCCGGGGCCCAGCCUGACCUGUGGGCCAAGCACUUCAGCAACCCCAAAAGGAGCUCAUCGCUGGCCAUGAAGGGGCACGGUGGCAGCUUCAUCAAGGAAUGCAGAGAGGACUAUUACCCAGCCAGGCUGAGAUCCCAGGAGAGCUACAGCGAUAUGUCCAGCCAGAGCUUCAGCGAAACCCGAGGCAGCAUCCAAGUCCCCAAAUACGAGGAGGAAGAAGAGGAGGAGGAAGGGGGCCUGUCCGCUCAGCAGUGCCGGACCCGCCAUCCGAUCAGUUCGCUAAAGUACACAGAGGACAUGACGCCUACAGAGCAGACCCCUCGGGGCUCCAUGGAAUCGCUGGCCCUGUCAAACACAACAGGCCUCUCUGCGGAUGGUGGCGCCAAGCGCCAGGAACACCUCUCCCGGUUUUCCAUGCCUGACCUCAGCAAAGACUCCGGGAUGAAUGUGUCCGAGAAGCUGAGCAACAUGGGCACGCUGAACUCGUCCAUGCAGUUCCGUAGCGCAGAGUCCGUUCGCAGCCUGCUCUCCGCCCAGCAGUAUCAGGAGAUGGAGAGUAACCUCCACCCACUCGGCAACCCCAUCGGGUACAGAGACCUGCAGGCCCAUGGAAGGAUGCAUCAGAGCUUUGACUUUGAUGGGGGCAUAGCGGGCAACAAGCUGCCGGGGCCAGAGGGCGUGAGAAUCCAGCCCAUGAGCGAGCGCACGCGGAGGAGAGCUACUUCCCGUGAUGACAACCGCCGCUUCCGACCUCACCGGUCCAGGCGAUCGCGACGCUCCCGCUCAGACAACGCCCUCCACCUGGCCAGCGAGCGCGAGGCCAUCUCUCGAUUAAAAGAAAGGCCCCCCCUGAGAGCCAGGGAGGACUAUGACCAGUUCAUGCGCCAGCGGAGCUUCCAGGAGAGCUUGGGCCAGGGGUCCCGGAGGGACCUGUACGGCCGAUGCCCCCGUACUGUGUCGGACUUGGCUCUGCAGAAUGCCUUCGGGGACCGAUGGGGACCCUACUUCACGGAGUACGAUUGGUGUUCCACUUGCUCCUCCUCUUCGGAGUCUGACAACGAGGGCUAUUUCCUAGGCGAGCCCAUCCCCCAGCCCGCCCACCUGCGAUAUGUCACGAGUGACGAGUUACUACACAAAUACAGCUCAUACGGCCUUCCCAAGUCUUCCACGCUAGGAGGCAGGGGACAGUUGCACAGCAGGAAAAGACAAAAGAGCAAAAACUGUAUCAUUUCUUAAUCCAAUGAGGGUCAGGGACCAGGGGAAGAUGGGAGCUAAGAAUGUACAUUCAGAAACUUGCACUGUUUUAAAUUUUAAAGCGCUUUGGGGGUGGGGGGUGGCUCCAGGGAGAGAAGAAAAGAGCACUCUGUUGAUGGAGAUAGGGUGACUGAUUGACUCGGUAGGUAGUCACAGUUCUUGGCAUGUUGAGUAUUAUUUGCACAUUUCACUUUGGAAACGCUAUAGACUCUACAGAGGCCAGGGUUGGUCACCUCCUUCCCGUCCCUCUGUGUCAAGUUGCCACUGGCAAGAUGGCAAAAUUGUUUCCCCGCUCGCUUGUAGCCUCUCUGGUUCUCUUACUUUUAGGACCCUUUUUCCAGUAAGUAAUUUGUUUUAUUAGCCAGGACCCAAGACUAAGUUAUUUACAUGUCCAUUGUAAAUGCAAUGUAAAUGAGAGUUCUGAUAAAAUAUUUUUGUAUUUUGUAAUAUCAAAGGAAUUUCUAUAUCGUAGGACUCAGUGGCGACUUGCAUGCACAUCUAGCAUUGUCUUUGAGUAGGACUCCAAGGUGGUCAGGACCACUUUUUUUUUCUUCUUUCUAUACAAAUUUGUUACAUGUCAGUGAGACCUUUUUCAAAGGAGUUUACCCAAUUUGGCUUUUUGUGGCUGAAAAAAAAAAAUUACCUAUUACACCCAAAGCAUUUGAUGCUCCAUCCUAUCUUAAGGAGUCAUCCUUAAGUUUGCUCCCACCCUCAGUAGAAUCUCUUCUCUACAGAGUGAUAGUAAUUUUUUAAUUCAUAUUUGCCAACGUAACUUUUGCCAAUUUAGAAAAACCAACCAGUGUCAAUCCAGUUCCGUGAGCAACGCCAUCCCUGCUGGGGACACUGAAGUUGCUUACCAUUGAUCUGUCCCUUGGGGAAAAUCAAGUGACUGUGAGUGGUGCUGUUGUGUGGUGUCAGCAUGACAUUGUUUUGAAUGUGGCAUUAUUUUCUGGUGCUCAUGUUUCCUGGAUCGUAUUACCUGCUUUCUUUUACCAAGGCAGACAGAACAGCUGCCUUAGCCUGACAACCGGUUGUCCUCAGCGCAAAUGAACUUCAGCAUUGGGAAUUUCAGGACAGAAAGGUUCCAAGGGGCUCUGGGAGUGAUGGUGUGUUCUAGGUCAUAGGUCAUAUGUAGAGAAGGAACAGAUCAAAGUUAGAGACUUGAAAAGGAAUAUGAAGGAAGAGCAGAGCAGAGAAGAACUUCUGAAAAUGGAGUAGAGGAGAGGCAGUGACCACUUUGAAUAGCCCCCCAUGCUUGUAGGAAAGAAAGAUUAACAUGCUCCGUAACCAGAGUUUCUGGGUUACCUAGAAAGGUUGAGCUACCCAGGAGAUUUCAGUAUAGUGGUCUUGAAAAGCACAUGUUAUUGAAAGAAGGAUUUCCAUUUGGAACUUUGGGGACCGUCGGUCAGACAGAAAAUGGGCUCACAAGUGAGUUUGCUUAAAGAAGACAUUUAACGGUUGUGUUGUUUAUAGUAAAAUAAAACCUCCUACCUUGCUUCAGUUACAAAUGAAGCACUUGCUUUUACUUCCAUUCUCCUCCUCCCCUUUGUGGAUUGUGGCAGUUGAAAUAAUCCAUCGGAGGACCCACCUUUAGUGAGGUGUACUGUUGAUAUAGUACAAAGUGCAUCUCAGUGGCCGUCUGCCACGGUGAGGUGAGCGUGGUCUCUUUUCAAUAGUAGUUAAUAUUUUCUAGUAUUUUUUAAUGGAGAGAAUGUGAAAAAUGGCUUUUCAGACACCAUCCCAAGUGGGUCUGGGGGAAAGGAAGGCUGUCAGGAUGUGGAAAUGGCACUCCGUUCAGGAUGUAUUAAAAUAAUUUGCUUUUUGGGUGUUAAUAUGACAUUUGUCAUUGUCACUGAUGUUUUUUAAAAAAAAAAGCAAUGCAAAUGUUGGUUGUGGCUGUUUUCCGCAUGCUUUCUUCAUAUCUAAAUGCUUCAUUAAUUAUCCAAGCCUCUGGAGAAUUAACACUAUUACGUUUGUAUAGUAAGUUUGUAAACUGCUUGGCAAACUGAAUAAGAAAUAACGUGCACCACCACGUGACCAACGUGGCAGGUUUCUGGUAGAAAUUGGGCGAGUCCAAUUUGGAGUUCUGAGUUCCUUGAUUGAUGAGAAUACAAAAAGGCAUUUUGGAUAAAGAAAAGAGAGGAAAAAAGAAGUUAGAUCGUUUAACUUAGCCAGCAAGUGAAAAUAAGGUCUGUCCUCUAGCCUGGAAUCCAAGGAAAGAAAUUCUCCUAGUAAACAUUGCUUUCUAACUCUGUCCUUUUUAGAGUACCUCUUAACAUGUCCCAGAUGAGGCUUUAACCACCAUCCACAAAAAGAAGAAGGUGGCCUAGAAACUGACACAUAAGUGGUACCCAAAGGGAUGAGAGGAAUAAGCAAUUUCAGAUCUAGCUGCCCAGGAGCAUCCAUCUGCUGAACUGGUCAGAGUUGGAGGUAUGAUGAGAUGCAGGCAUCAUGGUCAGAUGGUCCACAAGCAAGAUCACCUCCCUCUAUGUCACCCCUGCAGCUGUCACCUCCUGACCGCACAUGCAGCCGGACACUAUGGAGAAUGCCAACGGAGGACAGCUAAAUCCUCACGAUGAGGAUGGAACCUCCAAGUGAAUGCCCUAGAGAGAGCAGGAUGUCACUCUAUUGGGAGUUCCACCUAUUAGGAAGCACUUACAUAUCCCAGAAUCCCAUUCCCCAAAAUUCAAUGCAUUCUUUUCUGAGGCAAGAUCUGAGGGUCCUUAUCUGAUUUCUCCAUCAUCGCCAGGAGCUCUUGGUGAUUCAUGUUUCACCUGAGGGUAGAGCUUGCUCCCACCUUUUUCUUAGAUCAUCAUUUCAUCUUUCAUAGACUGUUUUUAUAAAAGUAAUCUUUUCUCGGUUUCUUCUCUAAUGCCUUUUGUUUGGCUUUAUUUCCUACCUCUCCUCAUACUGAUCUUCUUACCUUUUAGAUAAAACCACACUUUGGAGUUCAUUUCAUUUCCUGUUGCUGCUCAAUUCAGUGGCAACGGAACUGGUUCUUUCCCAAGUAGAAGUCAUUGACAGUUUCCUGAAAAGCUCUGCCGAUGCUUAUCACCCUUGUUACCGUGAACAAGUUUCUUAGCAGACUGGUGGCAUUCAAGUACCAAUCCAUCUGUCAUAUAGUUUGGGGUUCCUACCAAGUGUGAAGAUAAAAGAGGUCAGGGAAACCAGGACCACACUUCCUGGUUUUGCACAUGUUUAAGUGGGGGGAAGUUUUUAGUAUUGGUUGUUUGACAAGCUCUUAUCACAUUCUCCUUCUCUUCCCUGGUCUUUCCCUUCCACCUUCAGCCAGCCCCACAAACAAGCAAUUUUGCCUUUCUCCUAGACCUCCUGAUAGCACUUUUUCAUCCUCUUUUCCCAUUCUGUAGGAUGUUUCUUUGAUACAAGAAGAUUUUAUCUUUUCCCCCUGCAGCAGCUUCCUGCUUCUUAGGUACCAGCCAGUGGCUAAGUUCAGGUGGGGCCAGUGAUGCCAUCUAUAUAGCACAUGCUCUGUCAUCCCAGCAUCCUGAGCACAUGUAACCAAGAUACCACUGCCUACUUCCCAGAGAGCAAGGAUGCAGCUGCAAAAAUCUUUGCAACACUCCAAACAGCCAGGACUGGCUGAUCAGAACUGAUUUUAUUUGCCUGGUGACAAAUCCUAUUUGUGAAAUGGCUCUUAUUUGUCUUUCCCCACCUGAGCUCUUUUGUCAUGGACCCAAAACAGUUCACCAUCAUCCAUAAAUAAUUGUGAGGCUCCAGUUCCUAUGCCCUUGUAUUGCAGAUGCUUAAAAAAGGGUUUUUUAUUUUAUUUUAUUUUAUUUUUUUAAAGCUGACUUCUUUAGGCUAAACAAAAACACACCUCUUCGGCCUCCUUUUCCAUUCUCGUGUUCUUGGUCAAUUAUAGGCAGCCUUCUAUUCACCAUUUCACAGAGGUCAGAUAAGAGUCCAUCUUAUUCUUGGUCUAAUCCUACCUUCUAACAAGAAAUAACACAAAUAUUUAAAUUCCAAGGCGAAGUGCUCUUUGCGUGUUUCUCUCUAACAGAAACCAGAUGCUCCUGUGUGAGGAGGAGGCUCUAUCUAUAACAAAAGGAAGUGGACGAUGGAUUCAGUUUUCUGAGGAUUUCAUGCCAAAAGGGUUGCCCUCAGCAACUGCUCAGCACCUUCGGGGCUUUGAAAUGGGCUCUGUGGACAGCGUUCCCUGUGCAGGACUCCGCCAAGCCUCCUCUGCCGAUUCUCAAGGCAGUUCCAGAUGGCCGCCUUUUGAGGUACAUUUCUCAAAGCACAAGAGAAACAGAAACGAGAGUUGUCCUUGCCUCCAAUGGUCAGUCCCUCUGGGGCCUCAGCAGACACCAGAGCCAAUUUGACCACUUGGAAGCAGUCGUCAAGGUUAGAAUUGCAAAAGAUCUUAGUCUUUUUCCAUUUUCUCAUAAUAGAAGGCCCAUCAACACAAGACUCCUAUGAAACAUGACUUACUGUUGGGAGGUAUGCUGUUUUAUAAGCUUACUUCCUGCUGACAAAACUAGCUAUCCCCAAGGGGAAUAAAAAGGAGGGGGUGGGGAGUCACGUAGUGUUAGAAAACAUUUCUGUGAUUUAGAUACGAUGAAUUUGUAGGAUAGAAAAAAAAAAUGUCUUGUUCUAUCCUGAGAGUUUUCUGAGACAUCCCUCGCCCUGCUCAGUAUUUGCCCAUUGAUGUUCCAUAGGUCGCUGACCACGCUUUUCUAAAUUUCUCAGAGUUACUCACCAGUUAGGUUAUCUAGUUAAUUUCCAUGGUUUUCCAUCAAGCAUUUUGGUUCCAUCAUAGACCCUGACUUAACAUUCUAAGGCCCCUGGGUCUUCCUUUUUCCUUAGAAAGUUAGGCCUUUGGCAGUUUUCCAUCUUCUAAACACAUCCUUUCCUAUGCAGGAUCACUUUGUCCAACCCCCACGUGAAUUCCAAGUGCAUAAACAAAACCUCAAAGGGCCUGAGAAGGUGAGGCACGCCAGAGUCUGUGUUGUGUGUCAAUGUCAAGCUAUUUGUUAAGAAGGUCUGCAGUGGACCUUGGGUGUGGGCUCUGCCAGAGACUGUCGUGAACACUUUGCUUGAGAUCCGUGCCCUGUAAAAUGAAUAUGAUGUUUUACUGAUGUCUGUAAUACAUUUGUAAACUUCCAAUAAAAUUUGAAUAAAAGAAAUGA